GUGAAAGAGAGCGAUGGGUAACUCGCCUUGCUCUAGAAGAGAGCAACUGGAAGUGAGCCCAGAAGUUUUGGUUUGUAGAUUGAAACGAGCUGCUUACAAAGGUUCUAACAAGCAUCUUCGGGAGCUUUUGAAAGCUGGUGCACCGAUCGACGGUUGCCACAAAUACGGGAAGACUGCGCUUCACGAAGCCGUGAGGCACGGUCAAAUUAGAUGUGUGGAAAUACUUCUGAACCAUCGAGCCAACGUAAAUAUAUCAACGUACGAUGGACUUACACCGCUACAUGAGGCUGCCGAGCAAGGCUUUGUAGAUUGUUUGACAGCACUUAUAAAUCAUGGAGCCGAGAUAAACGCCGCGACGAGAAGUCAGUGGACAGCACUGCAUUAUGCUGCAAGAAACGGACAUAAGGACUGUUUAGAAGUCCUUUUACAACAUGGGGCUAAUGUAAAUGCGACCGCAAACGGAGGUUGGAGACCUUUGCAUACGGCUGUUCGUCAUGGGCAUACAACGUGCGUCGAACUCUUACUCUACUAUAACGCCGAAGUGGACCCUCCUUUGGUACCCUCGUAUCGGAUUCUUCAAGUUCCCCUCCACCAUGCAGCAGAAUAUGGACAUCUAGCUUGCUUAGAAGCUCUUCUUAGACAAGGCGCAGAUGUUAAUUCUAAGACAGCAGAAGGCUGGACGGCAAUGCAUUCAGCGGCACUGUAUGGCCGUACAUCAUGUGUGGAAGCACUGAUCAGAUAUGGUGCAGAUGUGAAUGCAAAGACAGUAUGUGUUACACAAGGGACAUCGUAUGACGACACACCGUUACAUUUGGCUGCUAGGCACAGCCACACAAAGUGCAUCCAAAGACUUAUACAGGCUAAUGCCAAUUUAUGGACUAAAAAUUGCCUCGGUUUAACAGCCGAAAGGUUUGUCACAGAUUCAAGAUUGCGGGAUUGGAUGGAAAAUAUGCGAUGUAGACCCAGGUCUCUACAACUGCAGUGUUCUGCAGCAAUCAGAAACUAUGUUAAACCAGACAAAACAAAAAAUGCAUUGAAGCUCCCGCUUCCUUCACACCUAUUAAGACAAGUACUACUUUUUGAACAAGACAUCAAGAUUGUUUAGCACAAAAUGGUAAUAUUAGUACUGCUACUAUCAAGAAUGCUAAAAUUCAAAGCCCUGGAAAUGAAAAUCAGACCUGUAAGUUUUGGUAAACCAAGAGCAACUUCAUUAUGACUCAAGGCAAGACAAUGUGACUCAAGAAGGACUUAUUUAUGGCUAUGUCUACAGCUUUAUCUCAAAGGUGCCUCUGCAGUGCAAUUCUUUACUGGUCUAAGUUGCAACACAGUCUAGGAGUUACACCAUGAAGGACAACUUUAUUAUCAUCCCAAGUAAUAAAAACUUCUGAAUCAUUAGUUAUAUUCUUUCAAAUUUUCAGUUUUUGUGUUCACAUGACAUCAUCCAGUUUGGAUGACGCAUUCAAUUUGAUUUGUUUUAAGAUCAGUUUUGAUAUUCCGAUGUACAGUUUACUGUACAUUUGGCUUAUUUUUUCAUGUUUGAAAGUUCACAAGCGUUAUAUUUAUUGUCAUAAUGCUUUUCACACCUUAGUCAGGGAGCUGGCUUUACUUUGGUAUGAUUAUCUUAAAAAAAAAUUAAUUAUUUCUAGGCCUUUUGAAAAACAAAUGCCAAUCCAUUGACUCCUGAGAUCUGAUUAAUAAUCUUCUCUCAUGACUACUCUUUUUUUGUUGUGAAUUGGACACAAGAAUUUUGGUGACUUAAUUGACAUCUCACGAGAAACUUGCUUGUUCUCAUUCCCCACAUGUGAAGAGAUUUUACAUUUUAAUCACUCCUGGGAGUCAAAGCGUUCAAAUGUUACUCAGUCAACCAUACUUGAAGUUAUGUUGAGUUGCCUUAUGGUCAUGGCAUUGAAUUUAAUUGGCAGUAGAAGUUAAAUGUUGGAAGGACAUGCAGUGAUAUCCACAGUACUAAUGACAGUUUUAGUCAGGGUUCUUGAAAAAUUUUCGACAACUUUUUUUGACAACAUUGUUUUUGCAUUUCAUGGGCUCCAUAAUAUGCAAAACCAGCAAGAUAGAGACAACAACUUUCUUCCUCUGAUUCUGAACUAAAGAACUAUCAAUCUUGCAUUUCUUUAAAAAUGAAAUUUAUAUAAAUUAUUGUUAUUUAAAAUGAAUUCUAAGUCAAAAUAGUUGUAAAACGCUUUGAUUUGUGCUUUUACUUUUUUCUAGGUACGUAUUCAUGAUGCUUAAACAAAGCAGAAUACAUAUUAAACUAGUGUUAAAUCAUUUCAACCUGGAAUCAUGUUAAACUACAAGAGAGAUAUCUUUUGUGACCAGGACAUAUGCUUUAAUUAAGAAUUUCUGUGAAGAAAAUUUGUUUAUGUUGUCAAAAAGUUGAAGGAAAGAUGUGGAAAAUGGUAUUUUAAAAGUUUUAAUCUUGGUCAUGCUGAAAUGUGUCUUAAGUACAAGCUAAAAGACCAGAAUCUACAAACUACAGGAAAUGAAAUGUAAAACUUUAAAUCUGAAUCUUUUUUUAUGUGGCAGGAAGUAAGUUUAUUUUGUGCCCCUCUCUCAGAGGACCAUGGAGUCAGAAUGUUGUUGUGUAAUCUUAAGGUUGCCAAGUAUAGAAAAAAAAUUAUUUUUAUCUUUGAAUGGUUGUACUCAAUGGCUUACCAGGGCUGCAGGCGCAAACGUGGAGCCUGGAACAGAAGUGACACUCUCAUUUCCAGUCCCACUCCUCUUUUGCUUCACGCGCAAACAAGUUAUUAAAAAUUAUUGGCAUUUAUAACGUCCCAUACAUUUGAUAUACUUCACAUAUGGAUUAAAUGUUUGUCUCCUUUUUAGAGAGGCAACGGCGAGAAAAGCGAAAUUGCUACAAAUAAAGUAAGAUAGCAAAGGUU